CCUAAUCAGAAUCGAACGAAAGUGAAUAUGUUUAAUAUGUCAAUGUCAAAUAAUAUGUCAAAAAUUAACCUAGUUGUUAUUUGCAUUUUUAAUCUUUUAGGGCAGUUUUAAAUAACGGCCUUAUUUUGGUGCACAAUGUACCAAAAUGCUUGUGGAGCCGCAGCUGCCAGUGCCGGGGGUUGUGUAGAAACUGAUAGAGAAUGCCACAGCUUAAUAUCCAAGGAACCUACAAUACCAGCAGUGGAACAUGAUUAUAGUGGUUUUGAUAUUGUUAAAGCCACACAGUAUGGAGCUCUUGCCAGGGUAAAAGAACUGAUAGAAGCUGGGUAUGACGUUAAUGAAAGAGACGCAGAAAAUGUUACGUUAUUACAUUGGGCUUCAAUUAACAACAGAAAAGAGAUUAUGUCUUUAUUUAUUGAUAAAGGGGCUGAAGUAGAUGCUAUCGGUGGUGAAUUACAAGCUACCCCUUUACAUUGGGCUACACGCCAAGGCCAUCUAGAUGCUGCUGUCUUAUUAAUGAAUGCUGGAGCAGAUCCAACAUUAAGAGAUGCAGAAGGAUGUUCUUGUAUACAUUUAGCAGCACAAUUUGGACAUACAGCAUUGGUUGCAUAUUUUGUCGCCAGAGGAGUUAGCCCUGAUCUAGUGGACAGAGUUGGUAUGACACCUUUAAUGUGGGCUGUUUGGAAAAUUUGUAGUCUAGAUCCCACAAGAUUGUUAUUGACAUUAGGAGCUUCAACUAAUUUAACUGAUCAGCAAGGCAAUACAGCACUACAUUGGGCAAUUUUAGCUAGAAAUACAACAGCAAUAUCUACAUUAAUUCUACAGGGGCACGCCAGUUUGUAUACACCCAACAAUAGAGGAGAGACCCCUCUGUCAAUGCUACAAUCGCAAGUUGGCAGUAUUUGGGUCAGUCCAAAAGUCACAGAGGUCAUUAAAGAACAUUCACAUAUUUCCAAGUCACCAAGCUUUUUGUAUAAAAUCACAAAAGAUAAAAGAAUGAAAUGGUGGUGUAUGGUGGGGACCCCUUUUAUGGCAUUCUACAUUGCCGGUGCCAUUUUGGGAACAAACUUAAUUAUCUUAAUAAAAGUAUUUCUUUUAGUGUGUUUGUAUAUAGUGAUACACUAUGUAGCGCAAGUGUUGUACGACGAUAGACUUAUGGCAUUACUACCUCUCAGUAUUUAUCUAUCAACGAAAGCCUGGUUUUAUUUCACUUGGUUGAUAUAUAUUACUCCAGUGACGCACAUUUUACUGACAGUCGUCUUCCUGUCCAGUUCGGGCAUGCUGUGGUAUUGUUUUUUGAAGUCAUGGCUCGGAGAUGCUGGAGUUGUCAAUACCUCACAGCAGUUACAGUUUAGAACAAUAAUUGAGUUAGCUGAACGGGGUCCUGGAGGUUUUGAACCAUCCUCAUUUUGUUCAGCGUGCCUAGUAAGAAGACCUUUAAGAUCAAAACAUUGUGCUGUAUGUAACCAUUGCGUUGCCAGAUUCGAUCAUCAUUGUCCGUGGGUAGCCAACUGUAUAGGAGCCAAAAACCAUAAACAUUUUAUCGGGUUUUUGGCUAGUUUGGUUAUAAUGUGUCUUCAAUUAUUGUAUGGAUCAGUUAAAUAUUGGCAAAAUGCUCCAGAUUGCAAUAUAACUUCAACCAGUGAUAGUUUUUGGAAGUCAGUUGUAACAAUAGGACAAUGCAAUACUUGGGUUGCAUGGGUGGCUGUAAAUGCCUUGUUCCACUCCAUCUGGGUGUUUAUGUUAUUUGUUUGUCAGAUGUAUCAGAUAACAUGUCUCGGUAUGACUACAAACGAGAGAAUGAACCGAGGACGAUACGCACAUUUCAUAUCAAACGGAGGAAAGAGUCCAUUCACGAAGGGACCCCUCAUAAAUCUUAUUGAGUUUUUCGAAUGUUCUUGUUUUGGCAUUGCGAAACCAGAGCAGAAAGAUUGGCUGACGAGUUUCAGUUUGGACAAAAACAUAGAACAACAACCUCUUCUUAGACAUAAAGACACUUUUCAAUAUGUAUAAUACAUGUGAUUUUACUUUAUUCCAAAGAAUCGACUGAGUUAGGAAAACGACAGGUUAAGUGUGUUCUAAUAGGACAAAAAAUCUGCCACUACAACUGCAACCAAUACAACUCUGAUAAGAUACCAAAAAAAUAAAUAUGAAAUUUCCAAAAUUGGUAUUUAAUAAAAAUAUUUUUAAAAAAAGUCGUAGUCAUUUUAGAGAUAAUAUACGAAUAUGACUUCUCAUAUAUUAUUGCAAUCGGUAGAAUGCUGCAUAAGCUAUUGAAUAUGAUAUGGAUAAACACGGGAAAAAUCAUAAACAUCUAACAAAAUAAAAUAAAUAGAAGAGGUGGACACAUUUCCAUAUUUGAGUUCAAUUUUGAAAAUUUUUCAAGCAAGUGACAUACCAACGUUCAAACAAGAAUUUAAAUGUUUAAUAACUGUGUGUUAAAACCAGAGCUGUAUUUUAAAGUUAACAGAAUUAUUGGAAAGAACGAAAGAGGACAACAUGUCUGCUACAAUAGAGGGGAAAAAUAGAAAUAAAUGGGGCACACACUGAGAAGGGAACAAAACAACAACGAGACACGUACUUGAAUAUCAGUGUGACUGCAAAAUAAGGAAAGGAAAACUAGACAAUACAAUAGUUGAAAAAAACAAUAAAAAUUUGGAGAUGUUAAAAAAGAGCAAGAAGCAGAUAGUAAAAAAAACAUAAAAAAAUAGACAGCAAAUCCGGUAACUUACCUUAACCUACUUAAAAAACGGUCAGUCAGUUAUCUCACAAUGUAUAACAUUAUAUGGUAGACCCACAUUUCAAAUGCCAUUAUACCCUUCGAAUCGGCUUUUUUGAUGGUCCAUUUAUUGAUGGUUUCAAUGUUCACAUUUUAUCCCAUUUUACGUUAUUGAAAGCCUUGGAUUAGUCAACAAAGCCCAAAUAUGUUUCCGUGUUAAACUCUCACUGCCUUAUUAAUAAAAAUUGCUUAGUACGACGUUAGUCUCAGACUAGCUUAAAAAUGUAGAGAAUUUAACCUCUGUUUUCUUGUCUAACAAAUUUGACCGAACAGCUGUUCGGUGCCAUUUCUGCAUAAAUUUUUGUUGGCCUAUUCUGAGAAGGUGCUACCUGGUGUAUUUAUAUUUUAAAUUAUUGUUUUAUAUUUCAUAUUAUCUUCGGUUUCUUUUGAAAAUCGGUAUUUGACUUUAAAUUUACUUUCUAAUUAAUCUAAAUAAUGUUUCCUAAUUUUAUAUACAGGUACAGCGAGCUUUAAACGAAUCAUAGCAAAUACAUCUAUUCGGCUCUAGGCGGUUGGCCAACAAAAGAUUUUCAAAUAAUUAUUAUAUUAUAAAAGUCCAAUACUUCAGUCGACUGCUGCAUUCUGAACUAAGCUACGCAAAUACAAGAGCCCGCGUCACAUUUACCAUUUCAGUCUGUUUUAAAUCAGCUGAACGGGUCUAGAGGUGGGCUAAAUUGCGAUAAAGUGAUAUUUUAUUCAUUGUGAUUUUUGCCUGUAAUUGUGAUUUAACAGAGCAACGAAAUAUUCGUAUGUUAAAGUUCAAAUAAAAAGUGUUACCACUAUGGACCAUCGUAGAAUUCUACACGUGUUAUUAUUUUGUUUAGGUCACUAUUAUAAAAUUGGGUUGGCUAUUAGAACGCAUACCAUGCCACCAGUGCCAAACAAAAAUAGAAAAUUUUUGUAGUUUAUGGAACGUUUUUAUAGAAGUGGAUGAUAAUUAUGCAUCAUGCAAUAUUUGUAAGAUAAAGCUGUCUUAUAAAACUUGGAGAACGUAGAAAACAAAAUUUUUAUUAUUAUUUCCUAUAAUGCACAAAAUAUUAAAGGUGGUAUACAAAAUGAUAUUAUGAAAAUGAAACAUUUUGGAUGCUUUAUACACACAAUAAACUUUAUUGUGAACGAUUGCUUAAAGGAUGAGGAAAUCAGCCACAAUUUAACUUAAAAAAUGAUUUUAUUGACGUUUCGACUUCCACCUCGGACGUCGUCAUCAAAAAUGAGAUGAGGAAAUCAUUAAAAAUUUAACCAAAAUAAAAAAUACCGUAAGCCACUUAAAUAACGAACAAAAAGAGUUUUAUAAGCACCUGCUAAACUUUUAGAUUUUCAGAAAAUCCAGGGAAAUGGGAAUCCUUUCAAAUUACUACAAGAUGUUUCCACACGUUGUAAUUCGACAUUUUAUAUGUUGGAAAGAUUUAUUCAGCUAGAAGAAACUGUAAAGGCUAUCAUAAGAAUAACAAAUAUGUACAUAAACAAUAGUUUAACAAUGUAUGAGUGGAAUUUUAUUAAAUAGAUAUGCCAAAUAGUAACACCCUGUCGAUUUCAACAUUUCUUGGCACAAUAAGGUUUCGACUAAUUCCUUUUAAGGAUCCAACAAAUGCAGAAAUAGCACAGAAAAUAAAAUCGCUCUUAUUGCAGAAAAAAUUGGAAUGGAACAAAAAGAUAAAGGAUCUACGACUCAAAUUUUAUUAGUGAGAAAACAUCUGCAGAUCCGGACGAUAUGUGGGAUCGCAGGAUCAAAUACGAGGCACUACGACAAGCAGGACAAUAAUAGAAAUGCAAAGAUUUAGGGAAUGCGAUCGGUUGCAACGAAAUGAAGAUCCGUUAAAAUGGUGGACAGAAAACAAAUAUAUUUUUCCUCAUCAUGCACAAGUAGCUCAAGAACGUCUUAGUGUCAUUGGAACAUCAGUGCCUUGCGAACGGUUAUUUUCCAAGGCUGGUCUAAUUAUUUCUGAUUGAAGAACUGGAGUUAAUUAUAAAAAGGUUAAAAGGUUGCUAUUCUGAAAUUUUAAUUUAAAAGUAACAAAUGGCAACUAAUAAGUAUUUGUAGCAAAUACUGGUAUUUAAAGUUUACUCUGUUUUUAGUUUUUAAGAGGGUAGGCGCAAAAUUUCGGGCCAAUCAUUUAUUUUUUCGAAUCCUAAGAAAAAUAAUAAGUAUUUUUGAAAAAAUUUAAACGCGGAAUAAAAAAGUACAUUAUUACCGAGUGCCGAAAGUCCCUGAAAACUUCAAUAAUGUGUAUUUUAAUGAGUUACAGAAAGUUACAAAAGACACUUUUUGUUUAUUCUAAGGGACUUUCGGUCUCCUCGAUAACAAUGUAAUCUUUCAUUCCUCGUUUAAAUUUUUCAAAAAUACUUAUUAGUUUUCUCAAGAUUCGAAAAAAAAUUAAAGCAUUGAGAAAGCAUUGGCCCGAAAUUUGGCGACUAUGCUCUUGUUAGAUUUUUUAUUAACAAUUAAGACAAUGAAAAAAACAUCAAAUUUAUUAAUACAAAAUUAUUUUCAUUACAAAAACUACUUUUUGAAUAAAAUUGUUUUUAUACAUUUUAGCAAACCUAAUUUUAUAAUCAUGACCUAGACAAAAUAAAAACAUGUGUUGAAUUUUAUGACGGUCAAUAAUGACAACAUUUUUUAUUCGGAGUUUAAAAUACGACUAUUUUGUUGCUGUUAAAUCACAAUCACAGAUAAAAAUCACGAUCAGUUACAUUUGAUUGCAAAUUCUCAGUUUAGCCCACCUCUAGCUAAGAAUAAUAUACAUUUAAUACCGGUUACUACAGUUGAGUCCCUGAAUCUUUACCCGUGCGUCAUCAUUUAAAGCAUACGAAAUAAGUCGAUGAUAAGUCGGAAAUUGAAAUUUACUAAACGCAACAGCAGCGUUUUGUUAAAUUUCAAUUUUCGGCUUAUUUCAUAUGCUUUAAAUGAUGACGCACGGGUAAAGAUUCAGGGACUCAACUGUACUUAAGGGUCCGCACGGCGCCAAGGAAUAGAACCGAACCGACCUGACUACAUGCACAAGGCGAUUGCAGAUCCUUCCAGCUUUCUAUGCAUACGCGGUACGAAUGGAUUAUUAUUUUUAUAAGUUGAUGGAUAUGUAUUUAAAACAUAUUUUUUCACCUAAAAUAUUGUUCUGAAGCCAUUUCUUUGUGGCGUUUAUGUAAUUUAUUAUUCUAAAAGAGAAAUAAGCCACAAUCUAACUUAAAAAAUAAUUUUAUUAACGUUUCGACUUCCAUUUCGGACGUCGUUGUCAAAAUGUUAAUAAAUUAAACAAAAAUGUUGUUGCUUACUAAAAAAAUCUUCUAAUAAUUGCCGAUAUGAAUGAGUCAGUGGUGAGAUCACGAUCGGUAGAAUUCUAUUUUGCUGACGUCACAAAACGAAUUUUACAAUGCGAGAAUCGACGGUUGCUAGGCAACGUGACGUCAGCAAAAUAGAAUUCUACUCAUCGUAAUCCCACCCCAGAUAAAAGUAAAUUAUUAGAAUAAUUUUUUUACUAAGCAACAACAUUUUUGUUUAAUUUAAUAAUACUUUGUAUUUUGACAACGACGUCCGAAGUGGAAGUCGAAACGUUAACAAAAUCAUGUUUAAGUUAAAUUGUUUCUUAUUUCCCAUUUAGAACAAUAAAUUACAUAAACGCCACAAAGAAAUAGCUUUAGAACUAUAUUUUAGGUUAAAUUGUAUGUUUUAAAUACAUAUCCAUAAACGUAUAAAAAUAAUAAUCCAUUUGUACCGCGUAUGCGUAGAAAGCUAAUAGAAGGAUCUGCAAUCGCCUUGUCUGUGCAUGUAGUGGGUUCGGUUUGGUUCUAUUCCUUGGCGCGGUGCGGACCCUCGAGUCCGAUUACUUACUUUUGGCUGGGCUGGCUCGUAGUAAACUUUUAAAAAGAGAGAUAGAAGGUGGAGGUUCUAGUUCAAAGAUAUUUUCUACAUACCAAUGUUGAUGUUGCUAUGAUUUCUGGUGUUAAUGUCUGGAACUUUUAUAUUGUUCCACUAUUUUAAAUGCAGUUUAAACACAGCGUCUUAAAUGCAUACGAUCCGCUUUUCUCUGAUUUAUACUGUAUUUUAAUGUAUCUCACAAGAGUAAUAUCGUUCCGCUGAUUUCUAUCCUCAUUUAAUUCGUCUAUUAAUCUUAAAUUAUUGAUAAAAUAAUCCUUCUCCAUUAUCAAUAAUAAUAUAAUAAUGUUAUUAUAUAAAAGCAAGCAGAAACGAUGUAUUUAGCAAGUUUUUAUAUAAUAAUGUUGUUAUAUAAAAGCAAGCAGAAACGAUGUAUUUAGCAAGUUUUUAAGGUGAUGAAUACAAAACGUCAAGUUAGUCUCGGUUUAAUUUAAAUCUGCUCUUACCUUGGAUUAAAUGUUAGUCCGAGACUAGAGAGGGUUUAGCUUAGUCCAUCGUUAGUCGCUGUUUAUUAAUAGGAAAAAUUAAUGUUAUUGACUUAGGCCUCGGACUAAAGUUAGUCGGACGUUAGUCCAUGUUUAUUAAUAAAUAAUAAAUAAUUAUAAAUAAUAUUAAGAAUGUGUUCCUUUGUUCCCCUACCCGGCAUGAAUCCGCAUUGUUCUGGGGGAAUUUGUGGGAAGAUUAUUGAUUUUAGAAGUCCCUACCUUUCCCAUUUCUUUGAGUGUCUCAGCUGUUAUUCCAUGUUCCCCUGCUGCUUCUCCGAAUUUUAGCUUUUUUACUAAAUGUAUUACUUAACCUUUUGUCUGCCACCCACAAAAAGAGGUUAUUCUCCAUAUGUCAGCGAAAUAUUAGACCCAUAAGAUGAAUCAUAUGAAGAACGCAAGAGUUGCGUUGCCAGCACAUAAAUAAAGUUUAUUACAACGCGAGAGGAGCGUUGCUGGCAGUCAAUAGGUUAAACUUAAAAAGUAUUUUAAUAAAAACUAAAUUAUUACUACUUAUCUAUUUAUUCUAGUGAACUGGAUGGCCAAUCAUUAACACUAAAAUGGUUCUACACGAGCUUCAAUAAGAUUCUCCAUUUGCGCCAAUAUACUGACAAUAAACUAUAGAGUCUGACAAACUAACAAAGAGCGUCAUUAAUAUUCAGUUGAGUGGGGUGCUAUUGUCUGAGUUGUGAAAUUCCAUAAACAUACCUGUUUUAUGAAAUGAUCCUUUUACGCCAGUCAAUGGGAACAAGAAUAGGAUAUUACCUCCGAAUUCUAUCCUACUGCAUGGAUUUUAAUGAAAUUUUGGGAAUAGCCUCUACUUAUCUCACAAUUCAAAGUCUACUCUUUGCCGAUGUGUGCUUUUAUCUUGGGGUGGUUCCCACCCCUUCUCAGGGGUGGGAAGUUUUUGGUUGAAAUAACUACGGAAUUCACUAGAGAUUCUAAUUCUAAGCAAAAACUGUUCUACAAUUUUUUUUUGAAAGCUCGAUACUUUUUGAGCUAUUCGUGGUUGAAAAUUGGCCAUUUCCAUUGAAACAUAACACAUUUUCGAACGGUUUUUUGCGAAUACCUUAUGCAGUUAUAAAACUAUGCAUUUAACUAAGAAAACUAUAUAAAACAUUUUUGUAGGAUAUAAAAAGACAGAGUCACUUGCCUUCAUAAACCUUCUAGUUAUUACACAAAGAGAUAUCGUAGAUUCAACUUGAAAUAACAGGGAAACGGUCGAUUUUAUGUGUACAAUGCAACCAAUACCUUUUAUAGUGCUUGAAAAGACCUUUAAAAUGAAAAAUAUUAAAGGUCCUUUACAUUCAAACUAAGCGAGAUAUGGUGCAAACAAAAUUGAUAACUAAUUUACUUUAAGAAAAAAUGAGAAGUCAUUUUAACCCCCAUCCUCCCGAAUGUAAAUGCAUCGGUUUACUUACGGUUCAAAAGUUGGACGGGAUUAACAUAAAUGGUUAAAAAAAAUAAGAUCAAAUUAUAGAGCGCAUUUUUGAAAUUUUUAUCUAAAAAAAAACCCUACAUUUUUGUGGGGUAUCUUUUAUAAUUUUCGAGUUACAUGGAGAAAAAGGAAAAUUUUUAAGAAAAUUUAAAAAUGCGCUCUAUAAUUUGAUCUGAUUUUUUUCAAAAACCAUUCAUUUUAAACCAGUCCAACUUUUGGAACAUAAAAAUAACACUAUAAUAAAAAGUAUUUUAGAAGGAAAACGAUGUAUUUAAAUUCUGAUGUAUGAGGGCUUAAAUAUACUUCAUUUAUUUUUGAAAAUACAUUAGUCAUAAAUUUUGUUGCAGCAUAUCUCGCUUAGUUUGAAUGUAAUCGACAUUUAAUAUUGCUCAUUUUAAAGGUCUUCUCAAGCACUACAAAAGUUAUUUGUAUCAUUAUACACCUAAAAUCCACCGUUUCUCUGUUAUUUCAAGUUGAAUACACCGAUUUGAGCAUGUACCAAAAAAACAAACUCUUUUCACCUAUCAUGUCCCCUUUUGUAUUAUAACUAGAAGAUUUAUGAAGGAACGAAUCUCUUUGUUUUUUUUAUAAGCUACAAAAAUAUUUUAUGUAGUUUUUUUUAUCAGAUGUAUACUUUUUAAGGUAUUCGCAAAAAUCCGUCCGAAAAGGUGCCAUUUUUCAAUGAAAAUGGCCCUAUUUCAACUACGAAUAACUCAAAAAGUAUUGAGUUUUCGAAAAAUAAUUAUAGAACAGUUUUUGCUUAGAAUUCGGUUCUCUAGCCUUUUCCGUGGCUAUUUUAACCAAAAAAAUUUUCACCCCCGCGAAGGGCUGGGAACCACCCGCAUAUUAUAGCACACAUUGGCAUAGGGUAGACUUUGUUUCUUAAGCUAUUCCCUACUUACUGUGAAAAUAUCAAGUAAAUCGAUGUAGUAGGAUGGAAUUCGGAGCCAAAUACUCUCAUUGACUGGCCUAUUUGUUUAUAUCGACAAUAUCGUUAACAAAACUGUUAAGUUUUAGUGAUUGUUUAUAUCCGAAGCAGUUCUUGUUCGAAUACGUUAUAAGAAUAAUAAUAUUAACUUUGCGUUAUUUUGCACAAAAUAUUCUCUUAUACCUUUUAAAUAUUUUUGUUUUAAAGCUAGAACAUUUUUAAACGGAAAACGUAAGUGCAAAAAAUACAAAAUAAUUCCUGGCAUUUGCAGUGUCACAUGCGAACAGAAGUAAUGGACUCUCCGCAUUUUAUAAAAUUUAAAAAUGCUCUUUAUUUCUUCAAUAACGUAAUUUACAGAUCACGGGUAAUUCUUACUUUUUUGGUAAUACAAACACUAGUUUUGUCCGGAAAGAAACGUUUAUUGUAGAAUUAUUUCUAUGUGUAGAAAAUAAAUAACUGUAUUUUUGAUGGCAUUUUGUGAUAUUGUUUAGGCGCCAUCAGUUUUUAUGUAAAUCGAUUGAUUUUAAAGAAGCAAUUUAAUAUCAAAAUUUUAUUUCAUACCUCAGUGUUUGUGAACUGUUUUUAAAAAUCAGUCCAGCACAUUGAUAUAAUUUAAUCAAUAGAAUGAUGGUUCAAUAUUUAAGGCUACACGCAAUAAGUAAUAAUAUCUAAAAGUAAAAUAGACAUUUCUAUAUAAUGUGUUAAUAUACAUAUUACAGUUUGUCAAACGUAGGAAAGAGUUUGAAAACCUUACAAUCGCCAUGAGGUGUUUCCUACGUUAGACAAACUGUACUAAUUUUCUAUUAGGUUAUAUAAUUAGGAAAUUUUGAAUGAUUAUAAAUUUUAUUGUUUUAAUUUUUUACAUGUAUCUUAAACAAAAGUCCUGGCGCUUCAAUUUUAAUAGCUACAGUAUGUAUAUUUUUAUACAGUGAUAAGUGCACUAAUAGUCAGCAAAAUAACGGAAAAGGCGGAAAACAUAAUACGCUGUGAAAUAAAACGAGACGAAACUACACUUGAAAGCAAAAAAAUGUACUCACUCGAUGAAUUGUAGUUUAUAUGUAGUAAUUUCAUGUUGUAUUCUUUGAAUUAAAACAACUACUGCAAAAAAAAUGUCUAUUAUAGAGCUUCCAAAAAAACAAUUGUUUUAUGCAAAUUAACAACGUGCUGUAAAAUUUGCCUUCUUCUAUAUGGCAUAGGGAAUACAGCAAACAUUGUAAGGGGCAUGUUUUACGCAAUUUGGACCUCUAUGAUAUUGCAGGUGGUUGGCUCAGUCGCUUUUCAAACGUUGACCUAUGUGUACACUUCGAAGUGCAGUAAGUAAAUAUUUGACAAAAUGGAUACUUCACCAGUGAAGGCGGUCCAGGUAAUUGCAUAAUUACGAGAGGGAUAUAGUCAGAGGACUGUCGCCCGUCGCCUCCUUAUGACGCAAUCUCAACGACGGCUUACCGUCGAUACCAGGAGACCGGUAGCUACAUAUAAUGACAGAGAGAUGAUCGAUUUAUUGUCCUAUUGAUCGAUUUAUUGAUCCUAUUAUUGAUAAUAUAAUGGGCAAAUGACCGGAGUUGAGCUUCAAUAAUCCUGGAGGAAUUUUCGAGGUGUCACCGUCACUCAGUGGAUAGUUAGAAGCAGGCUUAAGGCUGCAACUUUGACUCCCAGAUAAACUAACACACGGCCCAAUUUAAACGCACGUAAGAAAUAAGCUCGACUUCAGUUUGCUCGAGAACAUGUCAAUUGGGACUUUGGCCAAUGAUUCAUAGUUUUAUUCUUUGAUGAGGGUCGAAUAUGCUUGUAAAGCAAUGACAUGAAUACUUGAAACUAAAACAAUGAAAACUGGUACUAUUCUAAUAUAAAUUAUUCACCUGGUUCAGCCUACUGCGAUUGACUUUAUGACCUAUGAUGUGGCAAAGUAUCUAAAGACUUUGCAAAAUUCAUUCAUUGACGUGCCUGAAACACAUCAGGGAUUAUGCACACAAGAAUAUCACAGUACGUGGGAUAGGUGAAAGUAGAAUUAAUUGAUGAUCAUUGAGUCCAGCAAUUGCAAACUCUUUAUAGGGCUUUUCAUUGAUUGUCAUUUGUUUCGAGCUUCUGUCAUUUGUUGUAUAAUCUGUGUAUAAUAUCAAUAUACACGGAUUACACGAGAUAUGAUAGAAGCUCGAAACAAAUGCCUGUGAAUGAAAAGCCCUAUUGGACAAAUUUGUACAUUUAAUUAAAAUUAACAGAUAAAAGAUAAAUAGCCAUUAUACUGGUUCUGUGAUAUGGAUCGUAUUUUUGUGAUCUGGAAUCGCGGGAAACGUGAAAUUACAAAUUUCUUGUAUUGCUAAAUUAACCUUUAUGUGUUCGUCUAAGUAGAACUAAAGUUAUAGACAAAUGACAGGAUUAAUAAAAACAUUACGGAUCGUACUACCCAAGUAUGUGAAUUGCUGGGAAGGUAGGAUAUAUUCAAAAAAAGCUUUGGAAAUAUAACGAAAUCAUCAUCAUCCUUCUGUGACGAGAGAUAUCAGCAGGAGACUUUAAAGCUAUGGGCGUGGAUAAUUGAUUGAAGGUUACCCAAGACCUGAGGGGGGAAUGGAGGCAUGUUGUCGAGUCGGCAAAAAUCCACUAAGGGUUGUAACGCCACGGAGUAAAAUAGAAAAAAAAAGUCUCAUUAGCUUGACAACCCUUUGUGGGGCUUAGCUUGUUCUACCAUUUUCCUCCAUUAUAUAUGGGUCUUCCUUUCGAUCUUCGUUUUUUUUAAGGUAAAUUACUCAAUAUGAGAUAAAAUAUGCACUCAAAAUAAUGAAAAACAAUGAGGCUCCAGGAGACGAUGGAACAGUUACAGAAGGUAUGAAACUUGGCGGAACUUCUCUUCUGAAAAAAUACGAGACCUCUUCACUCUCUGCUUGUAAAGUCGAAAAAUUUCUAUAGCUUGGAAUAACUCCAUUACAAUUUCUGCAUAAAAAGGGUGACAACAUGAAUCUAGAGAACAACCAAUCGACUGGAAACAAAAUUUGAGCUGUAUCAGCCAAGAGAAUAGGCUGGGUUUCGCCCCAAGUACGGUACAAAUGACCACCUACAGUGCAUAAAAGUUUUGAUUGAAAAAUCAAUUGAAUACAAUAGACCUCUACUUCUAACGUUUAUAGACUUUCAGAAAGCGUAGGUACACCAAUAUUAUAUAAAAUGUAUACAGAAAUGCUACAACAACUAUAACUCUGCACGGUCCUACCAAUAAGAUACAUAUCAGGAGAGGUAUUCGACAGGGAGAUACUAUGUCGCCUAAGUUGUUCAUUACUGUACUUAAACAUGCUUUGAAGUCACUGAAAUGGGAAAAUAAAGGAAUAAAUAUCGAUGAUGAGAUUCGCAGAUGAUAUUGUUCUGAUUUCAGAUGACCUAAAAACUGUCAAUGAUAUGUUGAAUGAAUUCAGCGAUGCAGCACGUAAAGUAGGUUUAAAUAUUAAUUACCAAAAGACAAAUAUAAUGACGAAUUUAGUUCCGAGCCAUACUUAAAGGUAGAAGACGUCGAAAUUAGAGUUGUUGAAAGCUACAUAUACCUUGGACAUAUGGUAAAAAUUAGCAGACAAUCCAACUGCUGAGCUGCUAAGAACUCUGGGUUGGGCAGCAUAUGGAAGACUGCGUGAUAUUUUUAAAGGUGAUAUACCUAUCAGCUUAAAGAGAAGAGCCUUUAAUCAAUGUGUUCUGCCUGUUCUUACAUAUGACACAGAGACACUUACUAUAACAAAGACAUCUGCACGAAAACUACAAGUGACGCAACGUAGAAUAGAAAAAUUGCUGGGCAUAACGUUAAGAGAUAGGGUAAGAAUCGAAGAAAUUCGUAGAAGAAGUGGUGUAGAAGACAUUAUAAAACACAACCAAAAUUACAUGGAAAAGGGGAGGACACGUAGCUAAAAUGAAAGAUGAUAGGUGGACCAAAAAAAUCUUGGAGACCGAGAGCGAAAAGACGAAACCCGGGAAGACCACCCACAAGAUGGACUGACGACAUAAAGAGGAUUUCUACCAACUGGAUUGCAGCGCAAGAUAAAUCUGAAUGGAAGUUUUUCGAGGAGGCCUAUGUUCAGCAGUGAACGACUAUGGGCUGAUGAUGAUCAAACAAACAUCAAAGAUGUGUGUGCUGAUGCAAAAUUUUAAAAAUAAUCAUAAUAAAAGGGUAAUCAGCACACUCAUGGAAUUAAAUUUGUAUCCAGCGCUGUGGUCAUCCAUCUUGAUCAGGCAUGCUUUUGAGCUCGUCGCUCCAUCUCAUCUGAGGCCCUCCUCUUCCUCUCUUAUGUUCCCAUGGUCGCCAGUAGAUUAUUUGCUUGUUCCAUCUUUCAUCCGCUUGUCGGAUGACGUUCCUUAACGUCUUUCACUUUGGUUACUCCUCUGAUCCAGACGUUUCUUUUGCGAUCUUUAAGUUUUAUAUGACGCAUUUGUCUUUCCAUCGACCUUUGCGCUUUUGUCACUUUAUCGAUAUUCUCCUUUGUAAGUGUCCAAACUUGGGAGCCAUAUCGUCGCUCUAAUAAACAAAUUGCGUAAGUCACAAAUUGAAAAUUUUACAGGAGAGACAAAAAACUUUGGAACUUGCCUAUGUCCAAAAGACAACAAAAGUAAUAAAAGAGAAAAUUGACCAAAACUAAUUUAACAAAAUAUUUACACAAACUUUCUACUUAUUAUACUAUAUCCAUAUUAAUAAUAAUAAUCAAAAUAUAUUUUUUACUUACAUUUUCUAACGUUUUCAAUCAAAACAACUUCAGAAACACUGUUACAAGCGAACAUCUGAUCAAACAAUGGACAUAGGCAAUAUUCGUAUAAAUGUGAAAGAACGUUUGGACUUCAGCAAAAUUCGUUUAGCGAAAUAAAAUAAUAAUGGCGCUUGUGGAAUUGUCAGGCGGUAACUUUUACCGUCUACUACUAGAUGACACCAAAAACAAUUUUCGCAAAAAAUGGACUUAGGCAAUUUGCUUAUUAGACCGACGAUAUGCGAAAUGCUUAAUUUACCGAAUGCUACUCAGGCCAGUCUGAUUUGCCUUUUUAUUUCUGCCGUUUGGUUUUCCUUUUAUACGGAACAUUUUGUUACCGCUCAUUAAAAUACUAUUUUAACGAGAUUGCAUCUCACUAUAUUAUGGUUUUGUAAAUGUGAAAAGGGAGAAAAAAAUUACUUUUGUCAAGUUUUUUUACUCUUGGGUCUUUUAAAUUUGUUUGAUGGUUCCAUUUUGAUAAAAAAUUGGAAUUAUUAUAAGCAAAAUAAUUAACGAAAGCAAUAAGUCAUAUCAGAAUAUUUAACGAUUAAGAAACUUAACAGGGCGAUGGUCAUGUCGAGCAAAUGAUCUGAGGGGGCGAAAAUAUCACAGACAAGUCAUCUACUGUAUCCUGCAAAAAUGAUCGGUAGAAGGUGUAUAUACUAAUUUAUAUAAUUGAUUGUAAAAAAGGAUUGAACACUGAUAUUUUAAAAUUAUUGUGGCCUAUGUGUUAUAACAUUUAAGCAAUCAAUGGUAAAAUUCUUUUGAUUGUUUCUUUAAAAUCGACAGAUUACUAUCAACAUUAUGCCGCACAGUUGUUCCAUUUUUUCUUUAUUAUGUUUUAGGUUAAGUUUUGUUUUAUUUUUGUAUAUGAUAUGUAUGCUUUUCCAAGUAAUGUGGUUUUUAUAAUAUAAAUAAAAGUUGCUUUACAUUGAUGAAUCUAGUCAAAUAAAAUAAUACAAAUUGUCA